UCUGUCGGACUUUCGCAUCACAAUUAUUUCGUUAACUGCUGGCGAUUUACUACCGUUCCGAUGACCACCCAAGAUAACCGUGUUUGUCGCUUUUGUCCAAGUACAGGUGAAUGUGUGUCUCUCUAUGAUUCAGCGAAUUUCACCAACGGUACUCAACUGACCGAAAUUGUGUUCGAAUUGUCGGAAGUUUCCAUAACACCGGAAGACGGUGGACCACAGCAUGUUUGUGUGGAUAAAUGUCUGUCACGUCUGGUCGAUUGCUAUUUAUUUAGACAGCAAAUACUCCAGGUUGAGGAGCAACGAAUGGUUCAUCAAAAGGCGGUCGGUAUGAAGAUAGAAAUUGAACUCAUUUCCAAUGAAGAAGAUGUGUAUGAAGCGGAAUUUCUUGUCUACGAAGAAGAUGAUUGCGAUAAGAUAGAGGAAGAUUGUCGAGAUUUGGAAAAUUGUUCAUCCACCGAGAAUUUCGUUUUACCUCCGAAAGAGAUGAUUCUGAAUCGUCUAGAGUUCGACAACUUUGAUUACAUUGAGUAUCAAGGUCAUAAAUGCUGUGGAUGUGAUGUCUUCCUCGGGAGUAUGAUCGAGCUCGAAGCACACGCAGAAGAGACACACGGAACUAUUGCACAGUUCGCACGGACCGAACGUUCUUGUCCCAUUUGUGGAAAAAGAUUUCACAGCGAAGCAGAUCUUGAUAAGCACGAACAACGUUUUAAGUCCAAAGAACUAUUUCUGUGCAAAAUUUGUCUUCAAGGAUUUCAAGGGAAGAAUACUUUUAUGAUACACAUGGAUACACAUCAACUAACGUCUAACGAUGAAAUCGUGGAAGAUUCGGUAAGGCAGGGUUCGUCUAGUGCAAGCUUAAACAGUGAACUAGUUGAACCACCCGCUACCGAUGGCCAUGAUAUUGAAAUAGAUUAUCAACUAUCAAGUAUUAAUACGGAAAACAAAUCUCACAGUCAGCGCUUUUCAUCCAAGCUGCCGGAUCAGAACUUGAUAAGUUCGGUGGAAGAUUACGAACAAUAUCAAAUCGUUCAUAUGGAUAAUGCUGAACGAUGCUGCGGGUGUGGAGUGUACUUCGAGUCCUUCGAACAACUACAAGAUCAUGCACGUUUAGAGCAUCACAUUGAACAACUUGCACCGCAGGAUAAACCCUUCUGCGAAAUUUGCCACGAAAAGUUCAAAGCUCUAUGGGCAUUGAAUGCCCAUAAGACACACUGUCGUUACGUUAAGGAAUUGUACUACUGCAAGUUAUGUGAAAUUGUCUACGCAAGGAAGUUCCACAUGAUGAAGCAUUUCCAGACUACUCCCGGUCAUACAACUGGCAUUGGCAUAUUGAAAGAUGCUGCAUCCACGGCAAACAAUGAACGGCGAUUGGACAUCGUCAUGGGAUUUUCUUGUUGCUUUCUGAAAUGUACCAACACUUAUGAAACCGAAAAACUGCUUCUGGCUCACGUGGAUGAACAGCAUACACCACGCCGAAAAAUUAAUAUUUCCGAGAGAUCAAACGAAGAUUACGUAUGUACCAUUUGCCAAAGAUCCUUUGGGUCACAGCAACUGCUGCUACUUCAUCGAAAUCGUGCCUUAAAGAAGAAACACAUCUGCAGCUUCUGUGCAGAGUCGUUCCUCAUUCCCAGUACAUUGCGCGAGCACGAGCUUCUCGUCCAUUCGGGAACAAUCCCUCAGCAUCCAUGUGACAUCUGCGACAAGACAUUCCGGACGAAGAAUUUGAUGAAAGCGCAUCGCUCGACCCACGAUCAGGAGCGGGAUUUUUCUUGUGACCAAUGCGGUGCACAGUUUCGGUUCCGUUUCCAGUUGAAGAAGCACGUGCGUGGAGUGCAUCCCACCUGCUUUCCGUACGAGUGCAAAUACUGUGUGAAAAAGUUUUCCACAAAAGCGAAACAUGACCUCCACGUGCGCUCACACACGGGCGAAAAACCGUAUCCUUGCCGACACGAUUCCUGUGGGAAGCAGUUUUCCCAUGUUACCGACCGCAAGAGACACGAAAUGGGGGUCCAUACCGGAGAACGCCCGUACCGGUGCGACCAGUGUUCGGCGGCGUACAUUCGAAAGCGAGAAUUGUUGAUUCAUAUGCAGAAACACCCGGUCGAAGCGAAGCCGUAAUAUGCAUACCUAUGUCGAUUGAAUUGAAUUAAACAUUUACUACGUUCC